AUGACCCCUACAGAAGAAGCUGUACUCCGGGGUUGGGUCUUCUCACUAGAGCGCCGUGGCGUUCCGCCUAGGCAGCAUAUGCUCCAUGAAAUGGCAAAUAUUUUGCUAGCUCAAAGAGAUCCUACCAAAAUACCUGAGAAGCGACAACCGGAUCUCAAGGCUAAAUUCGCACGCCGAUUAUCCUAUUCUAGAGCUCUUUGUGAGGAUCCAGUCGUUAUUGGUGGCUUUUUUGAGGAGAUCAAGCAGCUCAAAGAGGAAUAUGGGAUUGCCGAUGAAGAUAUAUACAACUUUGACGAGACAGGGUUCGCCAUGGGGAUCUCUUCUACAGCAAAAGUUAUAUGCAGCUCAGAUCGUUCAGGAAAACCUAGCUGUUGGUUUAACUACGGUCCGUAUCACGAAGCAUAG